AGAGUAGUAAAAACGAGAAGAAAGAGGAUGUGAGUGGAUUGUAUUGUAUCGGACAUUGUGGUGAGGAAAAGAAGGAAAUUAAAAGAGAUAAAAAUAAGAUACUCACCUGCUACCAAAAUACCAGUAAUAUUGACAAGGAUGAAAAGCAGAUGCUUGAGCAGAAUUCAGAGUAUGUCAAAGGUAGAGAAUCAGUUAUAGAACCUAAAGUAGAAGAUGAAAAUAGAUUAGUAUUUGACC